GGAAUUCAGUAUUUACACGCAAAUAACACUCUUCACAGAGACAUCAAGUCGGACAACACACUUGUAACUUCACUUGAUUUUAACGACGAGGUCAAUGGGAAACUGACUGAUUUUGGAGCGUCGAGAAAUGUCAACAGUCUGUGUGAUAACAUGAUGUACACGAAGGGUAUUGGUACCCCAAAGUACAUGGCGCCUGAAAUUACCAACGUCGAGAAGUACACACUCUCAGCAGAUGUGUAUUCGUUUGCAAUUACCGUUCUGGAGUGUUUGACAUGGAAAGACCCGUUCGAUGAAAAGCUAUUUCCAUACAGUUGGGAUAUCACAAAUUUGAUUUCCAGAGGAGAACGACCAACAAUUGAAUUGGGAGAUGGAGAACAGAAAGCUUUAAUUGAAAAAAUGUGGAAGCAAGACCCCAGAGAAAGACCUGAUAUGGAUAGAAUUGUUGAGAGACUCGACAAUAUAUACCAAGUGGAAAAUUAA